AAACUUUCUUAUCCAAAACCUUAACUUAACUCAUCAACCCGGGUUCUUCAAUCGAGUCGAGUCUCCUUCUCUUCUCUUCUCUUCUCUUCUAGUUCGAGAAGUCGAAGCUCACAGUUGGCAUCUAUGGCUUCGCUCCGCCUUCUUUGCUCCCCAGCUACGACAUGUUUUCCCAUAGAACGACAGCUCCCUUUCACUCCUCUUUCCUUCCCCGACAACACUCAGUUACAUUCACAUUCCCAUAUCUCUGGCAACUCUCUUAAACUUUCAGUUACUACCAAAAGAAUCAAUACCAAUUUCGUUCUCCAUUUCUCUUCCACCGCCCAAGAGCAAGCUCUUAAGUCUUCUCCGGGGAGUGUUACCAGUGAAAGCGAAGAACUCGAGGAGGAAGUUUAUAAAGACAGAUUAUAUGCCCAGAACGUGCCCUGGAAUUAUACCCCAGAAGAUAUUCGUGCUCUUUUUGAGAAGUACGGGACUGUUGUAGACGUUGAGCUUUCUAUGUAUAACAAGACCAGAAACAGGGGCUUGGCAUUUGUUACAAUGGGUUCGCCUGAGGAGGCUCUUGCCGCUCUCAAUAAUCUGCAAUCCACUGAAGUGGAAGGUCGUGUUAUAACACUUGACUAUGCCAGACCAAGAAAGAAGAAAGUUGGCACUCCUCCACAACCUAGGCCAGAAGUGACAUUCAAUUUGUUUGUUGCAAAUUUGUCAUUUGAAGCAAGAGCUAAAGAUCUCAAAGAGUUCUUUAACUAUGAAGGUCAUAGUGUAGUUUCUGCAGAAGUUAUAUUCCAUGAAAAUCCAAGAAGGUCCUUGGGAUAUGGAUUUGUGUCCUUCAAAUCCAAGAAAGAAGCUGAGGCAGCUCUAACUUCUGUUCAAGGAAAGGGAUGUCUGCACUCUUGGGCUUUUAUUUGUUUGUGCAUAUCAAAACUCUGUGCCCCCAAUCUUCUUCUUCUUCUUGAUUUAGGGAGGGUUCAGGGUUUGAAGAGGGGGCAAGGGCUGAUCCCAUCUACAUUCUGUAUGUGGUAAUAUUGGUUGGUCUUAUCGCUAAACCAAGUUAGGACAAGCUGUAAGUGCUCCACUCCUAAAGUUUUUUGUUUAUAUAUAGCUUGUUGGUGUUUGCUUUU